CACCCGUUUUACCGGUAGUUAUCCACAAUCCACGAGCUGUUGCUUGGGAGAAAGGGAAAAAGGAAAACCAAAAAAUAAUAGAUACACUAAAUACACUGGCAAAGUGCGCUGCGGUAGUGCUUUUGCUCCUGCUAGGGCUUUUGGAUUGGCUCGCAGAUCCGGCGCCAUGGACGACAGCGGAGUGGAGGGCGAGGCCGCGGGCGCCACCGCCGCCGCUGGUCCGGAUUAUCCGCUCCUCCACGACACGGAGCGCUUCGAGCUGGUGCGGGACAUAGGGUCGGGAAAUUUCGCUGUGGCGAGGCUCGUCCGCGAUCGCGUCACACAGGAAUUGUUCGCGGUCAAGUACAUUGAGCGCGGGGACAAGAUUGAUGAGAAAGUCCAGAGGGAGAUUAUCAACCACCGCUCAAUGCGACAUCCCAAUAUCGUGCGCUUCAAGGAGGUCAUGCUGACGCCUACUCAUCUCGCCAUUGUCAUGGAAUACGCUGCCGGCGGUGAGCUCUUCGAGAGGAUUUGCAACGCGACCAGAUUUGGCGAAGACGAGGCAAGGUUCUUCUUUCAGCAGCUAAUUUCCGGUGUGAGUUACUGCCACAACAUGGAAGUCUGCCACCGGGAUCUAAAGCUGGAGAACACGCUACUCGACGGCAGCCCGGCUCCACGUCUCAAAAUUUGUGACUUCGGCUACUCAAAGGUAUCGAGCAUUCCGGAAGAGGAGCUAAUCCAAUCCUGUUUGUGCUCCUUCCAGUCGUCCGUUUUUGAUUCGCAGCCAAAGUCAACAGUGGGAACCCCGGCAUACAUUGCACCGGAGGUGCUGUCCACCAAGAACUACGAUGGGAAGAUUGCAGAUGUAUGGUCCUGCGGCGUCACCCUGUAUGUCAUGCUCGUCGGUGCCUACCCCUUCGAGGACCCGGAGGAUCCCAAAAACUUUCGCAAGACGAUUGGAAGAAUACUUAGCGUCCAGUACUCCAUCCCGCAAUCGGUGGACAUCUCUCCAGAGGCGCACGAUCUCUUGUCCCGCAUUUUUGUUGGGAAUCCCAACCAGAGGAUCAACAUUGCCGGUAUAAAGAACCACCCUUGGUUCCUCAAGAACUUACCAGCGGAGCUGAGCGAUGCUGGAACGAGCACCGUGGACGAUCCAAGCCAUCCUCAGAGCAUCGAGGAUAUAAUGCGGAUCAUAACCGAGGCAAGGAUUCCCGGCGUUCGGGAGUACCUGGACAACGGGGGCCUGGAUUUUGACGACAUGGAUUUGGAGAACGACUUAGACCCAGACUUGGACAGCAGUGGAGAAUUCGUGUGUGCCUUGUAGUAAGAAAAAGGCGAUGAAGGAAGUGUUAAAAGAAGAAAGAAUCAUAUCGGCCCUGUUUAUUUCUACAACGCGGGAUGUAAAAAAAACUAGUCAUACCUAUGUUAAGUAUAUCAGAAAUCCAUUAUAUCCA